AGAGGAAGAAGUGGAGGUAUGUUGUUGAUGCAUCUGACAGCUUUUCAGCAUUAUCGAGUAUACGAUCAGGUAGAUCUUCAUUUAGAAUGGAUAUAAUAAAUGAAAUAUUUCUAAUUUAAUGUCAAAUGCAAAUCAAAGGCAUAGCAACUCGUUUCACCUGGGUUCCUGCUCAUGUUGGCGUGGAGGGUAAUGAACAGGUGGAUAUUCUGGCCAAACAAACACUCAGAAUUAUGAACAUAGACAUAGAAGUGCCACUUAGCAAAGCGGAGGUUAAAACAUGCAUACAGAAAUAUGCACAAACAACAUGGCAAGAACAUCGGGACCUUAAUGACACAGGAAGACAUCUUUAUACAAUUCAAAGUCUCUUGUCCAGUCCAGUUGGUGGCGGUAAUGCACCUACAAGUUGGUUUGCCAACCGCCACUAAAGAAGAAGAAGAAGAAGAAGAAGAAGAAGAAGAAGAAGAAGAAGAAGAAGAAGAAGAAGAAGAAGAAGAAGAAGAAGAAGGAGGUGAGUCCACUGUGAAGCAUGUGGUGUCCGUGCUGGCGGGGGUGUACGGCCUCUUCCUGUUCUUCCAGCUGCACAUGCUGUGGGUGCUUCUGCUCAGUGUGCUCUGCUACCUGGUUCUGCUCCUCAGCCGACACUCCAGCAGCAGAGGAGUCUUCCUCUCUGUCUUCAUCCUCAUCUACCUCCUUGUUGGAGAGUUGCAUCUGAUUGACAUGGUGACCUGGCAUAAAAUAAGAGGCUCUCAGAUGGUGGUGGCCAUGAAGGCCAUCUCUCUGGCCUUUGACCUGGACAGGGGGGCCGUGAGCUGCCUGCCCUCCCCAGCUCAGUUCCUGGGCUACGUUCUCUUUGUGGGCACUGUAGUGUUCGGCCCUUGGAUAAGCUUCUCCACUUAUCAGAACACCAUUGAGGGCAAAAAGCUGAGCUGGCGCUGGCUGGGCAGCUCCUCCCUCUGCCUCCUGAAGAGUCAGGUCUGCCUGCUCGUCUCCACCUGUGUCGCCCCCUACCUCUUCCCUCUGUUCAUCCCCAUCCAUGGAAACACAAUCACACAGAAGUGGCUGCAUGCGUAUGAGAACGCAGUGUCCUUCCACUUCAGUAACUACUUUGUGGGUCACCUCAGUGAAGGCACCAGCAUGCUGGCUGGAGCGGGGGCCACUGAAGAGAAGGACAACAUCAGAUGGGACAUGAGUGUGGUGAAGCCUCUCAGUGUGGAGAUGCCCCGCUCCAUGGUGCUGGUGGUGACUUCCUGGAACAUUCCCAUGUCUCGAUGGCUGAAAACCUAUGCCUUUAAAAACGCCAUGAAACUGGGGACUUUUCCUGCCAUCCUGGUGACAUACACAGCCAGCGCUCUGCUGCAUGGGCUGAGCUUCCAUCUGGGCGCUGUGCUGCUCUCUCUGGGCUUCAUCACAUAUGUGGAACAUGUUCUGAGAAAAAAGCUUGCCUCCAUCUUCAGUGCCUGUGUCCUCUCUAGGCCCUGCCCCCCCGACUGCAGCCAUCAGCACAAGAAGGACUACUGGGUGAUGUUGCUGAACCUGGUUUUCAGCCUCCUAGCCAUCUUCCACCUCACCUACCUGGGCUCUAUGUUUGAUCCUGGACUUGAUGAACAGGAAGUAGAAGAGGGUUACACUGCCAUCCACACCGUCCAGAGGUGGUCCGAACUGAACUGGGCCAGUCACUGGGUCAUGUUGGCAUGCUGGGUCUUCUACCGUUUGAUCCUGUGACAUGACGGAAGCAGACACCAAACGCUUUAUAAUGCAGUGGGGUUGUGUGGGGAGGGUCACAGACGGAGCACAGAGGAACCACCUUAUUACACUGUGGAGAUGACCUGCAGAAAAUGAUCCAUUGAUUUGAUUGAAUUGACAGUAUGAAGCAUAGAGCAACAGCAGAUGAACUGUAUAUACUGUACACACAUAUACUGUAUGCUGUAGAAUGAGUCUUGCUGUUAUGUUGCUGAGGUCCUUCUCCAAAAGCAUGUCAGCAGUUUAGCAUGCUUAGACUGAUGAACAUUUAUUAAGGGUCCAUAACAUUUCAUAUGUUCUGUUGCAACUUUUUAUUACAGCUGCUAUGUGUUUGUUAUUAUUAUUAUUUCUUCUCUUAAAGGUUCAUAACUGCAGAUAGCAUGGUGACAGACUGAUAACCUGAACUCUGGUAUUAUAUUGUUUUCUAUCUUUUAUUAUAAUCACCUACCUCAUUAAAAAAACUUGGUGAAUAAUCA